GGUUCUCACAGCAGGAAAAAGCCAGGACGUAAGAUGUGAGCGGACAACAAAUUGUGUCACUAUGACAUUUGUCUGCAUUUGAGAGACAACUGCUUUCAACAGACGCACGUUUCGUCUCUAGAGAAGGAUGAACGCGGAAGACCAGAAGAGCUGCAUCGUUGCCUGAAGUGGCCCACCACCGAAUGCCACUUGGCUGGUUUUAUAAUAACACAGUUGUUAGGCAGAGAUGUCCCUGUGAAACCCCUGCUCCUCCACUGUGGGUGUAGAAAGCACCAUGCUGGAUAAACCCAGUGAUAAAGACCAACCGGCUGGCCACUGCUCAGACUGUGGAUGCACUUUCAGCCGACCAGAGCCCGACUCAACCAGCACGUCAUCCCCUCCCAACCUGCAGCAGACACUCCAGUCCAGGUGUCCGUCCUGCCAAGCGGGCGGCAGUCUCUCCAAUGGCCGACGGCCGCACCGGCGCCUACGCCUGGACCCCCACAUCUGCAGCCUGUGCAACAAAACUUUUAUCUCCUCCGCCCACCUGAACCUUCACCUCACCUCCCACAACAAGGAGAGGAAGUUCAGAUGCAACACCUGUGGCAAGUUAUUCCACCAGUCCUCCCAUCUGAUAGCGCACAAGAUAAUCCACAGCGGAGACAGGCCGUUCAAAUGCCCGGAUUGUGGCAAGACCUUCGGCCGUGCCUCACAUCUGAAGACGCACAGCCGGCUCCACACUGGCGAGAAGCCCUUCAAGUGCUCCUACUGUGACAAGUGUUUCACACAGAAGGCCGGGCUCCUAGCGCACGUUCGUAUUCACACAGGGGAGCGGCGGUACAAGUGUGAGCGGUGCGGUGAGGGUUUUCGGUCUUUGUCCCUCCUGCUCUCUCACAAGGCCCAGGAGUCCUCUGGGAAGGCCAAGCCAGCAUCUGCAGCAGCACCGGCCCAACCCGAGAAAACAGAGGGUAGCACAGAGGAUCUGAAGUGUGGUGUCUGCUGCCGCACCUUUGUCCGAUCGUCGUACAUCCGGCUGCACAUACGCCUUAAAAAAGGACUGCGGCCAUAUCACUGCAAAGUGUGCAACAAGACUUUUGUCAAGCUGGACACCUUUGUGAACCACUGUGAUAAACACUUGAGGAAAAAAAAGGAUAAAAGUAAGGAGGUUAAAGUCAAAGUUGUAAAACCCCCUCUGUUUGUUCCACUCUCCAGUCCUUCAUCACCUCCUCUUCCUCCUGAUGCUGAAUCCUUACCCACUCAGCAUUUAUCCUCAGAAGUCAACACACGCUCCAGGUCAAAAGCAAAGAGUAAAACAGAGCAGUGACCAGGAAGCAGGCAUCUUCUUAGACAAAAAUCAUCUUUGCAAUUCGGUUAUGGUCAUAUUAAGAUAUUGUCUUAAAAACACCUGAAACAAAUGAAAGAAACUCGUCUCCAAAUUCCCGAAAAGACAUAGAACUAAUUUGCCAUUGAAUAACUCAAGAAACAGAACAUACUUAUAUUAAUGUUAGUUUGCAAAUUGCACAGUUAUGUUAUUUAGAAUACUGAAUUUUAUUGCGAACAAUUCAGUGUUUUUAUUGCACAUUUUAGCUCGUGUGAGCCAUUAGUACAAAUAAUAUAUAUGUGGCAUGCAUGUUCACUUUAAUCUUUUCAUAUACACAAGGAAAAGAAAUCUCCAAUUGUUGUAAUUCAUGGUUAAUCUGUUGUUUUCUCCACACAGGCCCAUUGGCUUUUAUAACACUUGUACAAAUUACAAAUGCAAAGUAAAUGUAUAUUGUGGAAAAAUAAAGACAGAAACAUA